ACACAACACAGCCUCAGCCUGAUGUGAGAAGAAAAAAGAAGAAACGGAAAAAGAAAACCAAGGAUGUAGUGAAACAGCAGUCUGAUGAGACUCCACUUCGGGAAGAUGAAAUUGAUGCCGGAAUUAGAGAAGUCAAUGCGAUUCUAGGUGAAAUUGGUACAAUUGGACAAAAUACAACCGAAGCAGUACAUGUUGCCAUGGAAACAAAAGCAUUACUUGCCAUAGAGCGUAAACAGUUAAAUCCUGACAACGAAAUGAGAAGGAUUUUUGGUUCUCAGAUUAUCAAAUCAGAUGCAAGGAGAAAGUCACAUAGAAACAAACAUGUAAGAACUACAUGGCUAGCUACACCCAAAUCAACCUGGCCUCAUUUGAGUAAAUCAGGGAUGUCUAUGAACCAUAUAGAGAGAAAGGGAGGCUAUGAAUAUUUCACUUUUGAGCAUUCUAAAGAAUACCAGCGUGUGCAAUUUGAGUUUCUAGAAGCUGUUGAAUCGUUAAAUCCCAAUAACAUUGUGGUGAAACGUGCAUUAUACUGCUUUGAAUGUAGUUUUCAUACAUUGUUCAAUGUCACACAAGCCAACUGUCAAUUGGAUUACAGAAGACAAGAAAACAGAGGUUUAUUUUUGGCAAUUUUUAAACAUUUGAUGUUUGUUGGACAAAGAGGAUGUUAUCGAACGGCGCUGGAGUUCUGCAAACUUCUCUUAAGUUUGGAUUCAGACAACGAUCCACUAUGUGCCUCAUUAAUGAUAGAUUUCUACAGUCUGCGAUCACAACAAUAUAGCUAUCUAAUAAGAAUGUACAAUGAAUGGCAGGGACAUAAGAAUUUAUCUCAGCUGCCAAACUUUGCAUAUUCCAUCGCCUUGGCUCAUUUCCAUCAAAGUAAAGACGAUGACAGUGAUCUGGAAACAGCUGACCAUUAUUUACAGACAGCAUUGCUUAUGUUUCCUUCAGUCUUAAUACCAUUACUUGAUAAAUGUAGCAUUCAGCCGGACAAGCGUGUCACUGGUCAUGAUUUCUUUGUUAAAGCACAACUAAAUCAACAAGCUGGUCUUCAGCAGUUAGUUAACCUAUACAUUGGAAGGACCAGCUCAGUAUGGAAGGAACCUGAGGUGGUGCGAUGGUUAGAAUGUAAUGUAAAUCAGGUGCUGACAAGGGUAGAUAACAAAGAUCCACUAGUAGAAGAGUACAGAAAAAAAAGACAAAUGAGAUAUCAUGGUACACCUGUGAAUAUUUUACGUCAUAUAUUACUAUCAGAGAUCAAAGAAGCCACUGUGUCAUUGCCACCUGAUUUAUCUCAUGCACCCAUGAUGACCUAUGACCCACUUCCACCAGAGGAUAAUAUUGUAUCCUAUACCAGGCCACCGAGAGGGCGUCAGGGCCCAGCUUCUAAUCAAGAUAAUAGUGCAUUGGCAGCAUUUUUUCGGUCCCUACUGCCAUCCUAUGGCUUACAGGGAGAGAGACAAGAUGGGCAACAACCAGCAGUACGACCAGAUGAUAUACUUGCUAGAGGUAUAGAAGGUUUAGGGGCUGUUGGUGGCAAUGAUGUGCAGACAGGUGCUGACUUAGGUCGAAGUAUUGAAACAUUGAUGGAGGCUAUGAGGAAUCUUUUAACAACCAUACAGCCUCAAGCAAAUGAUGAUGAGGAUGAAGUGGAGAGUGACUGA